AGAAAGAAAGAAAGAAACAGAGCCAUGGUUCAAUCUCAAGUCCUAUAAUCCUCUUCACUUUCAGACUUCACAUAAACCGCAAAUUUCAUCCCAAAAUGGCAGCAUCUACUUUCAAAUUCAGACCCAUAUUUUCCACCCCACUAAGAUUCACUCUCUGCUCCUCACAGAAAAACACAAUUUCUACCUCUCCUUUAACUAUUCAUUACCCAGAAUUACCAAACCAAUGGUCAGGUUUGCAAAAUUGGAGACACAGCUCUUUAAACCAUCAGCGUUUCUGGGGACCCAAUGGCCCGGAUAAUAGUAUCGUACCCUCAAAUUCAACUAAACAAUCUACUUUGUGGGAAUCAAUUAACUCGGCUUCGUCUCUUGCUGAAAUGGGUGCUGCUGUUCUUUGCACCAGUGAUCCUUUAAUGAAAUCGAAGCUUUCCCAUUUGGCUUAUUGUAGGUGGCGUGAAGAGGGUCUUCCUGUUGGUACUUUCCAACCCCCGGCUCGCCCUGCUCGACCUUCCAAACCUGAAUUGGUUCCAUCUAAAGAAAUUCCACCUCCUAAACACUCGGGUUUACCUCUCAAUGCAUAUAUGAUUCACAAUCUUGCUCAUGUGGAGUUAAAUGCAGUUGACCUCGCAUGGGAUACUGUAGUCCGUUUCUCACCAUACAGUGAGAUUUUAGGUGAGGGGUUCUUUGCUGAUUUUGCACAUGUGGCUGAUGAUGAGAGUCGCCAUUUUGCUUGGUGUUCACAGAGAUUAUCUGAGCUUGGAUUUAGCUACGGUGACAUGCCUGCUCAUAAUUUGCUCUGGAGGGAAUGUGAGAAAUCUUCAAAUAAUGUUGCUGCACGGCUCGCUGCAAUCCCACUUGUUCAGGAAGCAAGAGGUCUUGAUGCUGGGCCUCGGCUGGUGCAAAAGCUAAUUGGCUUUGGAGACCAUAGGACUUCCAACAUUGUGGCUAGAAUUGCUGAUGAAGAAGUUGCACAUGUGGCUGUGGGCGUCUUCUGGUUCAUUUCGGUUUGUCAGCAAAUGGGACGCACCCCCUGCACAACUUUCAGAGAUUUAUUAGAGGAAUAUAAUGUGGAGUUAAAAGGACCAUUCAACCAUUUGGCUAGAGAUGAAGCUGGUUUUCCGCGGGAAUGGUAUGAUCCUUCAGCAAGUGUAGAAGAUAAGAAAAAGAAGCUAUCUCAGGUUUAUGACAGAUUGGAAUGCAUAAUUUCUAUGGAAAAAGAAAAUUCGAGUCUGAACAGUCCAUCCCGGUGAUUCCUAUAGGGAGGAACUGAUUCUAGUUGAAGUCCAUUCAGUCAAUGAAGCUGCAUUUGGUUUUGAUGAUUAUCCUAUUUCAAGUGAAUGUUCAGUUGGUUCACCAACAGGUAUAGUCGAUGGGGUGGAAGGUUUAGUUUUGCUGCAGAAGUAGCUCCCGCUCCACACUGACUCGUAAACAGACCAGCUAAUAUUUCAGAGAGCUGGUCUGUCAAUUGUAAGUAGACUGUAUCCAUCUUUGACCGACAACCUGAGUACAAUUUGCUUUCACAACUCUACCUAGUCGCCUCUGCUCUAGUACUUCCAUAAUAAGUUACAAGUAUUCAUAUGAUCAGCUUCAAACAAAAAAGCCUAGGUUUUUAUCGGUCAUGUCUGGAUUCCUGGCAUCAUAUUGGAUUGGCAAUGGUGUUUUCUCAUGACCCGAACGCUCACAUAAUAGUGCGCUCUUCUCGUUUUGAUGAUUUCUCUCACCUUCCAGCUCCUAAUCAUGCUCUAUUGGCAAGAAAGUGAAGUCAUAACAAGGUAGCCGUACUGGAAGGCGAGACUGGAUCACACCUCCUUUUCAGGGAGAAUUGGCAUUGGAGUAUAGGUAUUACAGUUUUUUAUUUUUAUUUUUAAAAUCUUUUUUGGAAGGCUGUUAUUUUUAUGUUUGUAAAUUACCAAAAAAGAUAGAGAUUUAGUGUUAACUUAAGAUCUUAUGUAUCUCUGGGGAAUAAUUUGUUUACAUGUUCUAUGUAUCAAUAUUAUUAAUUUCUAGAACAUGUUUGAUACUGA